AUGUCAGACUCAGAUAUCCCAUCUGUUCCUCCGCCAUGGACUCUCAAGGGCGAUAUCUACGCCUUUGUCUUCUGGAUUUCUCGCGCUCAAGCGGGCAACCUUCCCGACAUGGCAUAUUCGCCUCUCGAGGCAAACUCGGACUUCGCCAAAGAGCAGAAAGCGAUCGGAGGACUAGGUAUGAUCCAGAUCAUUCGAUACACGGAUUCUCCUGUUGGGCCAUAUGACGAACUCAUCCUGGCACCGGGAACUUUUGGCUACGAGAAGGAAGAUGAGAGCGGGAGGAGAGUGAAAGGGAAGGGUGUCAAGAUUACGAGGAUUUAUGUUUCGCAGAAGCAUACCUGCUAUAAUGGGCGGAAGAACUGGAAUGUUCCCAAGCAUCUCGCCGAGUUCAUCUGGACCGACAACUCAGACGGUUCGACAACCGUUAAAGUAUAUCCUAACGAUACAGCUCCCACAGACUCAAACUCGGGCUUCACUGAAUCGGCUGUGCCAGCUUCCACUCCAUUCUUCCAAGCAACCUUCAAGUCCAUUCAAUACACACCUUCAUUCCCAUUCCGGACCUCGUGGCUGAAUUACUUUGGCUUUGACACCACCCUUGUCUUUCCUCCGCUCCCCCAAGGCACUGGAAGCCAAGGCGAGCUCCCUGGUACCGAUCGUUGGUGCUCCGUUAUUCCACAGCAGUCGAGCUCCAAGUGUAAGGUAGGCUGGUUUGACAUUGAACAGCAUCGUGACGAAGAGGGGAAUGUGACCGGUGCAUUCGAGAAUUUCUGGCCUGGUUGGUCCAAGUGGCAGUUCGGGUUCAAGAUGCAAGAUUCGGUUAUCAAGUUUGACGUUCCAGAGACCUGGGAAGCUUGCAGGUCGAGAUUGUGA